AUGCUCAAGAAGACACAGGAAAAAGAAAAAAGGAAAGAAAUCCUCGCCCCUCCUGCUUCAGAUAUCCUGGCUCUGGGGUCCAAGCCAGCAGUCAGAGAGGAGGCUGGUCCCUCUUCUUACACAGCCAGGAAUGCUAAGAUGGGCCUUCAGGGUUGCAGAAACAGAGCCAGCAGCAGCAGGUUGCCCCAGAAGGGCAAGAAGAGGCACCAAGAAGGCCUGCUUUCCAGGUCGGCGAGGCGGGAGUCAGACUCUUCCUGGGACAGCCUGAGUGUCGUGAUUGAGGAGAUGGAUCAGGAGGACUUGAGCAGGGAACAGAGCGUGUGCCGGACCAUGCUCCAGGUCACUGCCAAAGAGCUCAUUAAGAUGUGGGCCCUCCUGAGCAAAGAGCUUGGAGAGGGUCUCUGCGAGUUCUUGGCCUUGGCAACGGUGAAGGAUGAAGACAAAAAGAGGGAGACAGAGAAAGACACACCCCACUCCCCCCACCCCGCCGCCGGGGCUGAGUCCAUCAGCCUGAACAUCCAAGAGUACUGGAGCUAAUUCCCCAACGUACUGGGUCCUUCUCAGGUGGAGGAAGGGACCAUGGACAGUGAUGCCUCCCAAAGUCAAUCGCAGGAAACUGGGGACCCAGAAAAAGAGGGGCUGGACAAUCCCGAGUUUGUGGUCACUGGGGCUUAUACAGACCCCUCAGACCCUUGCACCGGUGAGAUGGUGAAAUCAUUUCUGUGAUCUGAGCCCCUGGGCUGGAGCGACAAGAAAGGCAAGAAAGACGCCCUUCCCAAGGUCUUGACCAUCAUGGCCAAGGACACUUCCAGAACUUAAAUGGAGGCAGGCUGCCAGGUGGACGCCAUGGUCCUGAGGAAGGCCAACGACGAUGGGCACCUGCGGGAAAGCAUCGCCGCAAGGGUUGGGCCGAAGACCGCAUUCCAAGGAAGGCAGGCUCCGUGUGGCCCGCUGGGGACCUGGGGCGGUGCCGAGGAAGAUGAAGUGGGGCGAGUCCUCCCAGGGCUAAUGGCGCUCCUGGCGGUCCAGGAAGUGGCCGAGGUGAUGGAGGAAGAAAAGGAAAAAGCCUGCGAAGGCAGGAGGUUCAAAGGCGCCAAAGGCAACGUGGGGAAUGGUGGCCCCGUGGAAAAACGGGAGUCGGAGGAUGCGGAGAGCGAGGAGUCUGAGCCCGAAGAUCAAGCGUCUGGGGAGCGCUGGGCCAGGCGACUCGCAGGGCCCCAGGGGCAGGGGCGGUGGCGCUCCCCAGGAGAAGAAAGCCCAGGAUGAAGCAGGAAUGGGAGCGCGGGCUCCGAGUCAGCCCGCGGAAAAAAGGCGCCGCCUGUGCCACCUGCAGAGGAGGGUCUGGAAAAGCAAGCAGUGGGCAGCCGCUUAGCGCCGCGCAGCACAGCGGAACUCUGAGCCCGGGUCGAGGCGGGGCGAAGCGCGGAGGGAGCACAGAGGAGCCCCCCCACCCCCCGCCCCGGCUGCUGGGGGCUGCCGGCUGGGGGCUGGCCUAGCGGCACAUGGGCUCCCUCAAGCCUUCUUCCCACCGGCUGCCUUGGAGCCGGCCUUGGUGAACUUGGCCUGGGACUCCCAGACAUCUCCGAGCCUUUCUUCUUGUACCUAUGGGAACGCACCGGGUCGCAGUAGGGGGUUCUUAAUUCGAAUGCUGGGGUGGUGGCAUCAUCCAGUGGCAUACCUUUCCAAACAACUUGAUUCUUGCCCAGGGGUGGCCACCCUGCCUGCGGGCACUUGCAGCCACAGCACUCUUAGUGUCAGAAACUGAUAAAUUGACUAUGGGACAAGAACUAACAGUGCGUGAGCCACAUUCGGGGCUGACAUCAAUGGAAUAGAAGGGACAAUACUGGCUGGCUAAUGCCCCGAUGGUCAAAUAUCAAGGAAUGUUAUGCAAAGGUCUGUGCACUGGCCUGGAGGCAGCGAGGACCCUAAACCCCGCAGCCCGACAAUCUGUAUCGCCCAGCCAGCCAGAUCAGGACUGCGUUGAAGUCACGGAUGAGGUACUUCCCAGCCGGCCGGAUUUAACAGACCAGCCCCUCCAAGACCCAGAUGCUGAAUAUUUCACCAAUGGUAGCAGCUUUGUAAGAGGGAAAACGUGUUGCUGGGUAUUCUGCGGUGACCUUACAUUCCACCACUGGAGCAAAGGGUCUGCCAAAAGGGACUGCCACACAAAGGGCAAAGCUCAUUGUGCUAACCUGAGCCCUCCAACUGGCAGCAGGGAUACAUGUCAAUAUAUACACUGACUCCAAAUAUGCCUUCGCCACCCUCCAUGUGAGGGGGCUUUAUAGAAAGAAAGGGGCUAAUCAACUCAGGAGGAAAGGACAUAAAGUAUGGCAAAGAGAUCUUUGAACUCUUUAGAUGCUGUGUGGGCCCCUAGAAAGGUGGCAGUCACACACUGUCGGGGACAUCAAAAGGGGGACACCACAGUCGCUUGGCGAAACCGUAAAGCAGACGAAGAAGCAAAACUCAAAGCCUCCAAGGGGGACGACACAAUCAGUGGCCCUGACAGCUGCACUGUUCCCUAGCCCGCUGGCACAAUGGGACCCAAGCUACUCACAGCAUGAAAGCACCUGGUUCCACCGAAAAAGGAAACUGCCUCCCAAGUGGAUGGUGGAAAUUAGAAGACAGCCGAGUUGCAAUUCCUGAGGCCCUGGCUCCAGCCUUUGUCAAACAGUUUCAUCAGGAGAUGCACAUUGGCCCGGCGGUUCUCGAGACUACACUGGGCCGACACCUCUACAUCCCUCGGCUUGCCAGCAGAGCCCGGGGAACAUGCGAACAGUGUGAGACAUAUGCACGAAAUAACCCACGCCAGGGGCCAAGGGCUGCCCCGGGAUACAAGGUGUUGGAGGGGCCCCAUUCGAAAAUGUAGUUGUGGACUUCACUGUGCUCCCCUGGGUCCGAGGCUGCAAAUACCUGUUAGGCUUUGUGUGUGUGUUCUCUGGGUGGGUAGAGGCCUUCCCUACUCACACUGAGAAGGCACAUGAGGUGGCUUGAUUUCUCCUAAAGGAAAUCAUUCCCCGAUUUGGGAUUCCCAUCACCAUUGGAUCAGACAACGGACUGACAUUUGUGGCAGAAGUAGUGCAAUUGGUGGCAAAGGGAUCAAAAAUCACGCGGAAGUCACACACAGCUUAUCGGCCCCAGAGCUGUGGAGCUGUGGAAGGUGGAAUGGAUAAACUGGACUCUGAAAUGACAAUUAAGCACACUGUGCCAGGAGACACACCUACUUUGGAGCCAGCUCUUGCCAGUAGCCUUGCUAAGAUUUAGGUCCAGUCCUACUAGACAGACUGGGUUUUCUCCUUAUGAAAUCCUCCACGGGUGCCCCCCUCCUCUCAUUAAGGGUAUAAGGGGGGACUUAAAGGAAUUAGGGAACCUCAUCCCGAGACAACAGACGCAGGCGCUAGGUUCCACCCUGGCCACCGUCCAUCAGUGGGCUAGGGAACGGCUGCCUGUAAGUCUAACCGCAGACCUUCAAACCAGGGGAUGCUGUAUGGGCAAAAGAAUGGACUGUCCAGCCAUCACAACCUCUUUGGAGGGGCCCGUUUACUGUCAUUUUAUCCACCCCUACUUCAGGAAAGGUGGCAGAAGCAGCUCCUGGGAUUGACCACAGCAGAGCAAAACCAGCCUCUCGAGACUGGGUGUGCAUCCCUGAUCCCUCCAGGCCGCGCAGGCUGCCCACUCGAAAGAGGCAAGCUGCAGCCCUGCGCUAGUCACUCUGGAGGCUGACUAGCCUGUGCACGGCAGAAGCUUGAGGAAUCAGCCACCAGACGGAAUAAACAGACUGGGGGUCUUCCUCAUUUCUGGCCCCUUGUUGUGCUGCCACCCCUUGUGCUUGUCUGUUAUUGUGGUCACUGUUCUAAUCUUUGCCACAGGGUUAGCAGAGACUGCUCCGGCUGACUGGAAUGUGGCAGAAGCACGAGCUCUGCUUCACCUUCUGGGUAUGAUGUUUUGUUGCUAUUGGUUGCUUCUGGUCUGGGCCCCUUUCGCCCCUUUCGUAGACUCAAAUUCCACCGCUUGUGCUAAGUGUAGAGGAAAGACUUGGUGUCGGGAGCGGGCUGGAGUGUCCUUCACCUCCUAUGCCUACCAACCAGCUGCUUGUUCUCAAGGUACCCCCUCCACCCUUUGGGCAUAUAAUGGUAAACGGUAUUGGAUGGGAUGGAUAAAGACAAAAUACCCAGAGGGGCGCACUUGCCUGGGACCAAGGAGAAAAGACCCAGGGGCUUGGGCCUGUUGGACAUAUAGCGGGCAUUGGGACAUAUCUGAUGGAGGGAACGUUCAGGAUCACGCCCAGCCCCAACUCGCUGGAGAAACUAUACAAAAACCAAAACAACAGGCAGGUCCAAGGCCCCCACAAUCGGGGUCAAGCCCAGUCUAGGACCAACUCAGGAAGGACCUAGGUCCAGACUGGGACUGCCCCACCCUAGGGAAGAACCUUUUCAUGGACCUAGCUGAGAGACUUGCCCAUCAGUUCAGUGUCACUCACUUGGGUUUGUGGAGGGGCCCUUAUGAGUGAAGAAUGGCCUUGGAAGGGGACCAGCCUAAAUGCACUCCAUUUGCUUCAAUGGAAUCAUUCCAUAAUGGAGAGAGAAAAUAACCAACCCUGAAGCUGGGUUUUGGCCUCAGAGGUAACUGGAGAAGAGUGUAUUAGUAGAACAGGACCUGAUUACACACAGUGGGUAGGAGAAACUCCAUGUCAAAGAAGACUUUCUUGGGACUCUAUCAGUUUCAAAUGGUGGCCAAAUACUCCUACCGGGCAUUGGGCCCUGGCCUCCGCAGUAAGCAUUUCCCAGUGUCAAUCCUCUCCCUAUCAAGCCACAGUCAAUUGUACCAUACAUGCUGAAGAGGAGGCCAAUCCAUUCUGUGGCAUAGCUGUAAACACUGGGACAGCCUCACUCUUAACAACCCCAAACACUGGAGGGCACCUGAUGGGCUGUUUUGGAUAUGCAGAAAAAGCAGAUACACAACUCCCCGCUUGAUAGAAAGGGAGGUGCACCAUUGUAAUAAACCAACCGGGAUUUUUCCUCCUACCUAACCAGGAGGGAGAAAAGUUAGGGGUUCCCCUUUAUCAGAGGCUAAAAGUUAAAACCAAGAGAAGUCCUAUGAUAAGGGGACAACAAAGAUGGGGGGAAGAAUGGCCACCCUGGAGAAUUAUUGAAACACAUGGCCCAGCCACUUGGGCACAAGACGGGAGUUGGGGCUACCAGAUCCCUAUGUAUAUGCUCAAUCCAGUCAUCAGGUUACAGGCGGUACUGGAAAUUAUUACUAACCAAACAGCCACGGCCCUGGAACUCAUGGCAAAAUAACAGUCACAAAUGCGCACAGCUAUUUACCAGAACCACCUAGCCCUAGAUUACUUAUUAGCAGAGGAGAGAGGAGUACGCAGAAAAUUUAACCAAUCUAACUGCUGCCUCCAGGUAGAUGACGACAGCCAGGCUGUAGCUAACAUAGCCACAAACAUUAGAAAAGUGGCACACGUCCCCAUGUUCCCGUACAGAUUUGGAAGGGCUGGGACCCUGGAGAGCUAUUUGGGGGAUGGUUUUCAACCUUUGGGGGAUUCAAAACCCUCAUAGGUGUCGUGCUCAUGAUCUCAGGAGGCUGCUUGAUCUUACCCUGUCUGGCUCCUCUGGCUACAAGAUCUGUCUCCGGCCUCACUGAAGCCAUAGUGGAGAGAAAAACAACCACACAUGUGAUGAUUCUGUGGAAAUAUAAACCUCUAGCCCAAGAUGAUUCGAUGAUUCUCUUUGACCCUGAGAAAGGGAUCAGAGCAUCAAAGGAGGGAGUGUAGAGGGGAGGGGGAAGGGCCCUCCCAGAACAAAGGAAGGCAACACGCAACACCAGCAUCUGUGUGCGCAGGUGCAGUUCUGCAACAAUGUAGCAUAACCUGUAUCCAUAAGCACAGAGGUAUCUAUAACUGUCUGCUCAAAAUUUAUAGAACACCUUAUAAGGGGGACAAAGAAAUUUAGAUGUGGUGGGAACACUAACCGGGUAUAUAAGGCGAUGCCCCUUUGCAUUUGGGGCUCAGCCUUUGCAUAUGAAUCCGCUGAGCCAGUGCCAGCACGAAUAAACACUGCAUCCUGGUAAAAAGACUCAGGGUCUCGUUUCUCUGUAUGUAAGUCCUGCAACAAGGUCUGAUCCAGUCUCUCCCCUCUCUUACCUUUUAAAGGAUUCUUGGAAGUCCUGUCAUCGUGGCUUAACAGAAUCUGACUAGUAUCCUUGAGGAUGUGGGUUUGAUCCCUGGCCUUACUCAGUGGGUUAAGGAUCCAGCGUUGCAUGAGCUGUGGUGUAGGUCACAGA